AUGGCGGACGUUAUUUACAACGACGCAAAGUCUCGCAUUAUUCGCUGCGUUACCAAAUUGAAAUCCUUUGCCCAAGCUUCUAUUGACUUCAAUAAUGACCGUACAAACUCUGGUAAACGAGCCAAAAUUGCCAAAAUGAUUAGUGAGCUUGUUACUCUUCGUAACGCAGUUGAGGAUGAUGUCCAAAGAAUGGAAUCAGCCGUUAAUUCAAACACAGCCCCUGCCGAGAUCACUGACAAUAGUGAAAGUCAAACUCUUAUCACGUCAUUCGAUAGUCUCUAUUAUGAACUUGCUGCGUUCGCUGAUGUUCACAAGUUGACAAUGUCAUCCUCGAUGGACGCAGCUGCUUCAUCAUUUUCAAAUCAAACCAGUGGUCAACAUCAAUUAUCCGCUUUUCAGUUACCUAAGCGUACAUUCCCUGUUUUUUCCGGUGAGAUGACCGAGUGGCAGGGCUUUGACGAUUUGUUUAACUCCAUACUAUCGCACGCUCCUGAACUGCCGGACGUUGAGAGGUUUGAAUUUCUGAAGAUGUCUCUUAAGGGUGAAGCGCUAUCACUUAUCUCCCAUCUCGCGUUAACGGCUACAAAUUACACUAGUGCGUGGAAAAUAUUGCGUUCACGUUAUGGCAAUAAGCGUGAUCUUGCUCGUAUUCACCUUCAUGCUCUGCUCGCUAACCAGAUUGUUAAGUCCAAUGAUGGCUCCUCUAUUAAAACUCAGAUCAAUACGAUCUUAGAGAACACUGCUGCUUUGGACAAUCUUGACUUUGUAACGCGUCAAUGGAGUCCACUUCUGGUGCACAUCGUUGAAAAACAUCUUGAUUAUGAACUUCGUGCUCGGUGGGAAUUGGUAGUUGGGGAGAAUCAUUAUCCUCAAAUUUCUGACUUUGUUGACUUCUUGCGUACUCAUCUGCGGUCUGCGGAAAUUUAUUCCAGCUCCACCACUUCGAGUACUUCAUCCGUCAAGCCGUGUCCACUGUGUAAUGCACCGCAUUCAAUAAGGUCAUGUACCCUAUUUACUGACAAGCCUCCAAAUGAACGCUUUCAUAUUGCAAAAACGCAUCGUUUGUGUAUAAAUUGUCUGGGGACAGGUCACUCCUCAGCCCGAUGCCCUUCAACCUAUAAAUGUCAGUCAUGUAAGAAAAGUCAUCACUCGCUGUUGCACUUUAAUCCUACUGCUAAUAAACCAAAUACCUUUGGUUCAGUAUCGUCAAAUACAUUAUCCACUAAGACGGCAGCGCCUGUGCCUGGGGCUGAGUUACAUGUUACGACUACCUCAUGUCUUGUUCGAGGACAACCUCAGCGCAUCGUUCUAUUGUCAACAGCAGUAGUGGACGUCUAUGCUGCCGAUGGACGGCGACACGCGUUAAGGGCUUUAUUAGACUCUGGUUCACAAGCUAGCUUUAUCACAGAACGAGCUGCUUGUGCUCUUAUGCUUCGUCAGUUCCGAUCUUCUGUCAGCGUUACUACAUUCGCUAGUUCAGACUCUACAGUUGUUCGGGGCAAGUGCAGUAUUAAGAUGUCUCCCUCCGGUCAACAAGCACCCUCUUUUUCUCUUGACGUGUCGAUCGUUCCGCACAUAACUGGACCAACUCCUCAAAUUCCGGUAACGUUUGGACAUUGGGAUCACAUUAAUAGUCUCUCUCUGGCUGACCCAUCAUAUAAUACACCUGGCCCAAUUGACUUACUGAUCGGAGCUGAUCUAUUACCUUCAGUAUUCCUUGAUGGCACUCGAAAGGGUCAAGUUGGUGAACCUCUCGCAAUGAACUCUGUUUUUGGAUGGGUGCUCAUGGGCCCUACGGAAUUUUAUGACCGCUCUUCUGUUGCCACACUUAGCGUAAAUAUAUCUGAACCUAUUGACUCGUUAAUUAAAAAAUUCUGGGAACUUGAAGAGCUACCCACCGCUUGCCAUUUGAGUCCAGCUGACGUUGCUGCUGAGAAAAUAUAUACUUCUACUACAACUCGUUUAAGUUCAGGCAGAUUUGUUGUCACUCUUCCGUUUCUGAAACCUCGUCCACUGCUUGGUGACUCGAGAACGUUAGCGUUGCAACGGUUCAAGGCCCUAGAAUGUCGUCUCAACCGCAACAAAGACCUGCAAGAUCAAUACGCCGAGUUCAUGCGCGACUAUCUGACGGCUGGUCAUAUGGAGUUGAUUCCAUCGUCUGAACAAGGCCAUCCGUUUCAUUAUUAUAUUCCACACCAUUGCGUGCUUAAACCCGACAGCCUGACUACAAAGCUUAGGGUUGUAUUCAAUGCAUCUGCAAAAACGUCAGCCGGUAUAUCCUUAAACGACAGUAUGUACACAGGUCCUAAACUGCAACCUGACAUACAAGUUGUUCUCCUCCGUGCUCGACUUUGGAAAUACUUAUUUAUGGCUGAUAUAAAGCAAAUGUAUCGCCAGAUUCUCAUCAGACCAGCUGACAGAGAUUAUUUGCGGAUUCUGUGGAGAUUCUCGUCCACAUCUCCGAUUGACGAGUACCGGUUAUGUACAGUGACGUACGGCACCUCUGCAGCUCCCUUCCAAGCACUUCGCACUGUCCGCGAGUUAGCGAAUUUAGAUGGUGCAAAAUGGCCGAUAGCUGCGUCUGUGUUGUUGAAUGACACGUUUGUUGAUGACAUCCUGACCGGAGCCAACUCAACAGAAACUGCUCUUGAAUGCCAAACCCAAUUAAUAAACUUGUGUGCUAUGGCGCAAUUUCAAUUGCGAAAGUGGGCCAGCAACAAUAGUCAACUUCUGCAAACUGUCCCCGAAGAAGCCCGUGCCAUUUCACCAUCUGUCCUUUUCGACAGCAGUGACCAUUCCGACUUGAAGGUACUCGGGCUGAAGUGGGACCCGGUAGCUGAUAAUUUUUCUUUCAAAGCUAAACCGUCAGCAGUCACACCAACGAAACGUACAGUCCUUUCAGACAUUGCUAGGAUUUUUGAUCCGUUAGGCUUGCUGUCGCCAAUAACAUUCUGGACCAAACAUGUCAUGCAGCAACUUUGGAUUGCUGGAAUCAAAUGGGAUGAAGAAAUACCAAAGGAUAUCGCUGUAAUGUGGACACGAUAUCAGUUUCCACUGAAAAAUGCUGAAAGAAAUCAGCAGUGGGUUAAUGCAGUUGGCCGAAAAGGGUUUAUCCCGACCAAACAUAGUAAAGUAUGUAGUGAUCAUUUCCAUCAAAAUGAUUUUGAAAAAAAAUGUGGUGGUAGUUAUUUGCUAAAACUCAAGGCAACGGCUGUCCCUUCAAUUUUUCCUAACUACUCAGACAUUAUAUCAAAAGCUAAAAAACAGUGUCUUGAGGUUGAGCAAUUUCAAGUAGCUGGACCCAGCUCUUAUAUUCCUUGUACUGAAACUAAUGAACCAGAAGAAAUACAUUAUGAUGUUGGUUGUGUUGUGGAUGAUGAUAAUACUUCAGUCAAAAUUAUUUCUCCACUUGAAUCAACCUCAAAUAUUCAAGAAUGUAACUUAUUAACACAGAAUUCAUCACCACCUACACCAUUGUUAAUCACACCAUCUAAAGUAUCAUGUGUCCGUUCAUUAUUUAAUAUAAGUCUGCCAAAGCGUCCCAAGUUUUCUCCAUCUAAAUCUGAAUUGAAGAAAAAAAUUAAAUCGUUACAACAACGAAUUCGACGAGAGACAGAGGAGUUACUAAUGGAAAAAUUUGAUGGUACAACUUUGGACAUAUUCCGAAAUGUCGUUAAAAAUAAAGGUAAAAAAUCUACAGGAUGUAGAUUUAGCAAGAAAAUUAAAGAAUUUUCUUUGACUCUGCACUAUUAUUCGCCUAAAGCUUAUGAGUAUGCAAGCUUAGUAACUGAACGUUUCCUUUUUGUUUCCAUGGUUACCAUAAUUAUUGUUCACCAACAUAUGGUAAAUUCGUAA